AUGACACCUUCCACCGCCGCCGAAAUUCUUCACGAAUCGCCCAAUACUACUGCUAGUAUCACCACUAACACGACAAUAAUAACCACGCAGCAGAAUGAGACGCAUAAUCAUCAUCAGCAUCAAACAUGUCCAGAGACCGUCGACAAGGCGGCGCUCGAGCAGGCUCUGAGGGCCAGGGAGACGUGGGCGGUCGACUGGAAGGGCGUCGAUGUGCUGGACGUCGAUGGCGCUGGGGUCGACGACGACUCGACAGCUCGGCAGGAAAAAUGCUCUCUCCGCGUCUUUUUCCUUGAAAGCCUUGGACCUGGGCGUACAAGCACCGAGACCGGCGACGCCGCGGUCAAACCGGCAAUCCUCAGGCUGCUUCGUGAUCGAGCGGGGCUCUCGGACCUGCUGAUCACCGCCGUCUGCGGGCUAGGGCACUGGUAUACCGUCAAACACGGAUACUUUGUUGGUCGCGAUGGGCAGGGCAGAGCUCGAUCUUUCGAUAUGGUGUACGAAUACGCCCCUGGCGCAAGUGCGUGCACUCACGUUUCGACUUCUCUUGAAACGGGGUCGUCGACGUAUUUCUGCCUGAAUUUCCCACCCUCGGCCGUCCCGAGACUCACACCGCACGACCUGCGCGUUCCGUUCAAGAUGGAUGUUGUCGCUGCAGACGAGACGCUAAGUCUCUGGCAGCACGAGAUGGUGGCCAUCCGAGGCCGGAUGAAGCGAUUCGAAGCGAACGAGCCGCACGAGGCUGUGGAUUCGAUGAUCAGGGAGCUUCACCGGCUCUCGAGGAGUUGGCACAUCCUGUUCCGUAAAGUCUCGGAGUUCGAAGUUCAUCUCGAUUUCUUGCAACGAGUGCGGAGCAAGUAUGCUUCUCUUGCAGAGGAUGGGAGGAUGCAGAACACAAGUCAGUUCCAGCCCUUUGAAGAGUCCGAUGAGUCACUGGCGUUCCUCGUGUCGAGCUGCCGAUCCCUUAGACACCUUGUUUCAGACUACAGGGACCGCACGGCAACGCAAAUCAACCUGCUUUUCCAUCUCGCGAACCAGGCUGAGAGUCGAGACAACAAAGAGAUCGCGGCGCAGAACAAGGAGAUUGCAGAACUCACGGCCCGGAUUGCUCAGCAGACUCAACGCGAUAGUGCAUCCAUGAUCACCAUCGCUGCGGUAACCAUGUUCUUCCUCCCCGGUACUUUCGUGGCGUCGCUUUUGAGCACGGUAGUGUUCAAUUUUGAUGGGACCGACAUAAGCGUGUCGCGAAUGUGGUGGAUAUUACCUGCCACCGCCAUUCCCCUGACGAUCUUCGUAUUUGCCAUCUGGUUAUGGUGGCUACGACGAAGACUCUCGCAUGAUCAACAAGCCAUUGUGAUCACAGAUAGUGUCAAGCAGCCUUGA